AUGGAAAAAUUGAUACAAAAGCAAACACAAGGCAACGGACCUGAGGAAGUUGAUGAGUUAAUUCUUGAUAACUGGAGAGGAGCUUCAUUAACAGUCCAAGACAAAUCAAUUUUAGAAACCUUUCCAAAUCUUGAGGUUCUUUCUCUGACAGGCUGUGGACUAAAAUCGCUCGAAAAUUUUCCACGAGUCCCUUCGCUAUGCAAACUUGAGCUAAGUGACAACAAGAUUAAAGGCGGCCUCGAAAAUUUAUCACAUUUAACUCAAUUAUAUCAACUUUCUCUGGCGGGAAAUCAAAUCGCCAAAUUUGAUGAUCUUGCGCCUUUAACCAACCUUGAAAACUUAAUUUCCCUCGAUUUAUUUGGAUGCCCAGUUGCAGAACUUCCAGAUUUUAAUACAAAAGUCCAAGAAAUGCUACCGAAUUUGGAAGUUUUGAAUAGGAGGGAUAAAGAAGGAAACGAAGUAGAAUCGAGCUCUGAUAGUGACGAAGAGGAGGAAAACGAAAAUGAUUUAGAAGAUUUCAUUGAAAAUGACUUGAACGAAUCUGAUGGAGACAAACCGCAUAAGAAACAAAAAAUCAAUGAGGAAAAUGGUGAUAUAGAAGAGAAUGAAUCAGAAGAAGAGGAAGAAGCAAGUGGCGAAGAAGAAAAAGAGGAAGAAGACGCAGAAGAAGAGUCAUUUAAUUCGUAA